AUGGGCCAGUUCAAGAUCCUCAAGCGAGGAGAGGAGAUCCAGAAGGACAAGGGGAACUCUCCAGUCGUCGGAUCAGCCUCAACUGCAACAAGUAGCCAUUACUCGAUACCAUCGUCGAGGAGCCGCCGAACCGUCGUCGUCGCUAUCGCCAAUCGAGCGCUUCAUCUCCCAGUCGCCCCCAUCCCCCUCUUUUCUUCGUGUUCGUCGCAAGCACAACGCCCUCUCUUCUCCGGUCGCAGAUCUGCGAUUUUCCUAAUUCUCGCCGAUUUUGAAGCUUUGCGAGAUCAAAACAAAAAUCGUGUGGAGUCUUAG